GUUUUUGCAACAGCGGAAGUGUGCUAUCUUUUUGUUUUUUUCCCGUUUACUUGGCGUGUGUGCGCACACGUGCAGUAUGGAACAGAUGCAUUUAUAAAAUCGCAUAAAGCAACUGGUUUCCCCACCCGUUUUCGUCGUUGCAUAUCCGAUCACUUCAAGAUGCACGCAAAGCUUGCCAUCCUUUCGACUGUGAUUUCCUUGGCUGGAUCUGCCUAUGCGUGGGGUGCCGAUGGACACCAGGCGGUGGGCUUUAUUGCCGACUCGCUGCUCAAGCCAGAGACAAAGGCUGUGCGUGACUUUUUGUUGCCUUCUGGCUGGAACUUUACCAGAUCGGCAACAUGGGCCGAUGAGAUAAAGUCAGAUCCCACUUUCAAGUGGGCUAGCAACCUUCACUUUAUUGACAGCCACGACGUGACCCCUCUGGACGCAAAUGAGACCAAUCCCGUGAAAUGCUCAGUGGACUUGGCCCGGGACGGCGAGAAUGGCGUUAACGUGGUCGAUGCCAUUGGAAAUUACACUCUCCGCGCGGCGGAUGCUGCCAAAUACAACUGGGACGCCCGCUCCGAGGCCGUCAAGUUCUUGUCGCACUUUGUCGGAGACAUUACCCAACCGCUUCAUGCUUGUGGCAAGCUUCUCGGUGGAAACCAGUUCUUUACUACAUGGGAAGGGAACCAGACCUACGUUUACAACGGCCGUACAAGCAAAUUUCAGCUACACGUUCUCUGGGACGUCUACAUUCCCCAAAAGGAUGUAAAUGAAAACUUUGGUGGAAACUGGGUUGCAUACCGACAGUUCCUGCUGGACAACAUCGAAAAGGGAGAAUGGGCCCAGGAAAAGGACACUUGGCUCCAGUGCAACCCAACCACUUCCCCCACCGGGAACCCCGAUCAAUGUCCAUUGGACUGGGCGACCGACUCAAACGAGUUCAACUGUGGCGUCGUUUGGGACAAGGCUCUCCUUGCUGGCACUGGGACCAGCACGGCCAAUGACUUGGCGGGAGAAUACUACCAAAAGACUUACCCAAUCGUUCGGAAGCAGAUCGCAAAGGGAGGUUACCGCUUGGCCAAGUUUAUGGACAUUAUCUUGGCUGGUCAACCUGCUUCCAAUUCCACCACCACUACGUCCAUUGCCACGACCACGCAAUCCGCAACGGCUACCAGUGGUACGACUUCGAGCAUCGCAACUACGACUCAACCUGCAGAACAUACCAGUUGCUCUACCACCUCGACCAUCACUGUGACUGUGGACCCCACCGAAACGGCCACCCCAUCGUACCCCAAACCAACGACCUCGCCUACUCCCAUCUACUCUGCUGCCUCCCCCCUCAAGGCCGUCAGCUCCAUCUUGUUUGCUGUCGUCGCCGCUGCCGGGGUUGCCAUCUUUUGAGCGUGAGUUUAUCAGCUGGAUCUGUAAGCUCCCUGUAAAAGGUAGCGCAUAAAAAUUCGGUCGGACUCUAUGUUGAUGUUACUUAUAGACAGAAUAGAUAGUUAGAAUAGAUAGUCUCAUUCUAUGCAAUAAUAGGAUCAAUUCCUGCCCUCUUUUUCGAGGAGUGUUUUGUACCCC